UAUUUUACAUUGAUUUUACAGUUGGUCCUACGAAACUUCCCAAGUCCAGGAGAAGACUUUACUGGCAAUCACCUGUUUCCUCUGUUGUGUGUGACCAAUAAAUUCUUGGAUUCUCUCGAAAACUGAGGAAAAGAAGAGAGAACAUGGGUUCAAGCAGCAGUUUGAUGGUUUCCCCAUCGUCGUCGUCAUCAGGAAAAUCUUCUGGGUUUGGUGUGUCCAGGCUUAAACGCACCAAGCGCAGGCUUUCCUUUCUAGUUUGUGGUGCAGCCUCCACUUCGCGGUCAAAUCUUGAGCUAGAAGACUAUUCUCAGGAAUCAUCAGCAAGUUCUACAAAAAAUUUAGCUCCAAUUAGUGAUUUUUCGCAUAACUCCAUCAUAGAAUCUUCUUCAAUGUUCAGUUCAGAAGUUGGGGAUUCAAGUUCCAUAAUUGAGACCGGUUCCUCAUCUGGAAGUGAUAACAGUAUUAUUGAGGAAGCUUUGGUUGAACAGUCAAAUGUAAAAGCAAGCAGAGAUCUGGCACACGUCUUAAAUAAUAUGGAGCCAGUUUCUCAUCAGACGGGUAAUGAUCCAUCACGCAGUCUUGUGUAUGCGAAUUCACAUUCAGAUUCAGGUGUUGAAUAUCACCAGAAUUCAGUUGUUGCCGAUAAUAACACAAAUUUAAGGUCACGUUCUAUUGCUUCUGAUUCUUUACUCCCACUUCAAUUGCCUGGGGAUGAAAGUGCUCACAUGACAACAACUUCUAGUCCAGGAUUUUUUGUUUCUAACAAUGCUCAGGAUAUGAGAAGUGGCUAUCUUCUUCAUCUCAACGUGGUGAAUAUCUCCUCUAACUUUUUCUCCAGUAGAAUUCCAGAAAGAAAUAACUUCGAAGCAAGAAGAAAUGGUAGGAGGCUAUUUUGGGAUGCUUUAUCAAGACGGAGAGAUUCCCCAACCAUGGUAUUUGCCACUGGUCAUGCUGAUGAACUAGGUUCCCAUGACAGAUGGCUCCUAGAUAUUGGUGGUAUCCAUAAUGAUGAAGUUGGUCAUGAUAUGGAUUCCUUGAGUGCUAGACGUCGUCGCAGAAAUGAAAGAAUAUGGUUAAUGAGAUCGGAGAUCUCAGAAAGAAUGAUAGGUGGCCUUAAUGAGGGAGCCCGACAAACUACAUUUUGUGCAUCUGGGCAACACCAUGAGGGUACAUGUUUAUGCGAUUCAAAUUUUUUAUCUGAAGAAUCCGGCACCCUUCUAAGCAUCUCUCGAAUUAUCAUGCUUGCUGAGGCAUUAUAUGAGGUUUUGGAUGAUAUUCAGCGCCAGUCCAUGUCUCUUUCACCAUCAAUGCUCUCUCCUGCUCCUGAGUCUGUUGUGGAUACAUUUCCUCUCGAGCAUUACAAAAAACUAAAAGCCAUUGAAAGUGAUACAAGUGAUAUUCAACAGUGCUAUAUUUGUUUGGCUGACUACGAAGAAGGGGACAAGUUGAGAGUUCUUCCAUGCAAUCACAAGUACCAUGUUGCUUGCAUUGACAAAUGGCUUAAAGAAAUCAAUCGGGUAUGUCCACUCUGCAGAUGCAAUGUUUGUGAGGACGCUGGGGAAUGUUCAGCAUCGGACACUGAAGUGCCAUCACAGUAAUGCAGCUAAAUUGGGUUUACGGCUGAAUAAAAUGAUGUUGUUGCAAGUUUAGCAUUUUUUGGCGUGUUGAUAUUACCUUGUAACAACAUUAUCUAGGGAUAUUGUUGCUGAAUGCAACAUGACCUACCUUGAUUUACACCUCUACUGCCACGUAGAAGAAGGUUUCAUAUUGAUUUUCGAUUAAGAUCAAACUUAUGAAUAUUGUAUCUUCUUAAUUUAACAUAAAUAACUCUCAAAACAAAUAACUUAUUAUGAACUUUAAACAAUAAAGAAAGUUAUUUUAUUUCAAAA